AAAAUUACAAUAUUGUGAUGCUUGCUUAUGUGUGCUCAUUGUCUGCUGUUUCUGAUAUUAUUUCUUGCUUUCGUUCCUCAUUUAAUCCAGAUAUUUUCAGUGAAACAUAUUUUUAAAGUAAGAAGUGUUAUUGUUGCAAUCUAAGCCGGAUUAAACAAGUGACUCCGCCAUGGCGAUGUCAAAAUCGACGAACACCUAUAAUCGCCAGAAUUGGGAAGAUUCUGAUUUCCCAAUUUUAUGCCAGACAUGUUUAGGAGAUAACCCUUAUAUACGAAUGACCAAAGAAAAGUAUGGCAAGGAAUGUAAAAUUUGCGCUCGUCCAUUCACAGUCUUCCGUUGGUGUCCCGGUGCGAGAAUGCGCUUUAAAAAAACAGAAAUUUGCCAAACUUGUUCCAAACUGAAGAAUGUAUGCCAAACAUGCCUAUUAGAUUUAGAAUAUGGGCUGCCAAUACAGGUUAGGGAUGCAGCUCUGAAAAUACAAGACGAUUUGCCAAGAAAUGAGGUGAACAAGGAGUACUAUAUCCAGAAUUUGGAUAAUCAAAUGGCUAAGAGCGACCCAACGCAACCUAGCAACUCUGCUUUGAAGUCUAAAGGAGCUUCAGACUUGUUGCUGCGUUUGGCGAGAACUGCACCUUAUUAUAAGAGGAAUAGACCUCAUGUAUGUUCAUUUUGGGUGAAAGGCGAGUGCAGGAGAGGUGAAGAGUGCCCGUACCGACAUGAGAAGCCUACUGACCCUGAUGAUCCAUUGGCUGAUCAGAAUAUUAAGGACAGAUACUACGGAGUAAAUGAUCCAGUGGCUGAGAAACUAAUGCGACGAGCUGCUGCCAUGCCGGCGCUGCCUCCACCAGAGGACAGGACGAUCACCACUCUGUACAUUGGUAACCUGCCUGAUAACGUCACUGAGGAGGAACUUCGAGGACAUUUCUAUCAGUAUGGAGAAAUAAGGUCUCUAACAUUAGUACCACGCGCUCAAUGUGCCUUCGUCCAGUACACCACAAGGAGCGCGGCUGAACAUGUUGCAGAGAAGACCUUUAACAGACUCGUCAUUGGUGGCAAGAGACUUACCAUCAAGUGGGGCAAGUCACAAGGUCGGCAAGGCGCAAAUGAGAAGAACGAAACGGCGCCAGUUCUGGAGCCUGUACCAGGUCUGCCAGGUGCCCUUCCACCACCCGCGUUCUUGCACCCAUUCCCACCUCAGAUGCCACCACCACCAAAUCGACCGAACGAUUUUUUCAACCUGCACCACUACGGGGGGCCUGGAUGGGGCCCGUGGGGGCCCCCAGGCGUCGCGCCACCCGUGCCUCCGCCGCCAGCACCUGUGGGUCUCCACUACCCGAGUCAAGACCCCAGUCGCUUGGGGGCCCACGCCCAUGCAAACGCUCCGCAGACUUGAAGAAGCAUUGGGUACUAAGUUUCGUAACAAUAGUGUAUAUUUUUAAUAUCUCAUUUUGUUGUGCUCAACUUUUUAAGGCGGGUGUAGAAAUUACCGAGAUUCA